UUGGGGGUGUGGGCCCAAUCAGGUGCCUGGUUGGCUGCCGGCUGUGCCGUGACCAGGAUCCCGUCCGCAGCCGCCGCAGCACCGCCGACUGCAGCAUCCCGCCCCCCGCCCUCAUUAACAUUCCCUCCCCGUAUAAGCGCGCCUCUAGGUCCUCCCUCACACUCGGUGGGUGGCACCGGCGCGACCAAACCCCGACGGCCCGGUCGGAGGCGGAGAGAGAGCUGCGUCACAGGCGGGGAGCACGGUUGCCACACCGGGGAGAGAGGGGGUCCGACCGGGGGUCCUCAGUCAGCUGGCACCGCCUUGCGCAUCGCAUCCCCGCGGCCGGAGUGCGGACACGGGAGCGCCGCUUGUUCUUCUCCACCCCGGAGCGGGUGCGACCCCUCCGAGGCACCCACCCCGGACCAUGUGCGCAUCGACGCGGUGAAGUGUGACUCGCCGCCGGGUUGUGCGCCCUUGCAAUCGGGCUCGGACACGCCGACGUUACCACGCCGUCAUUGAGAACCAUGAGCACCGUGGAGGAGGACCCGGACCACAUGAUACCAUGAAGACAAGCCUGCAGGUCCUGCGCUGCCAGCUGCUGAGUGUUCUCGCCUUCCUCGCACUGGCGUCAUCGGCGCAGGAGCUUCACCUCGGCCGCGGGGCCCAACAACGGGACUCUGUCACCAUGGCGACCGCCGGCACCGGCAGCCCGGACUGGCACCGGGAAGGCUCCAGCAGCGGGGAAUGGUCGCACAAAGCGGGCGCCGGGAACGUCGUCCUUGACCCCACCCGAGCCUCCGACCUGCCGGAUCUGCGGGCGUCGCUCAAGGAAGUCCCGGCCCUCCGCGCCAUCACCCUCAGGGAGGCGCCCGCCGACACCAGCCAGCCCCCCGCCGACUGGCCAGCUGUGACGGCGUCCGCCGCCCCCGCGGGGGCAUCCCCGGGUUAUCAAACCUUCGCCGUACCCGCUUCCGAGGAACCCGGCAUCCCUCCUACAGAGAACGCGACCGCCGGGGCGGUCACGGUCCCGCCUCGCCGCCCGAACGCCACGGACGGCGACCCGCUCGGGGUAACCGCGAGCGCCGCCCCUGGCCGCCGCGCCUCCCCUCGGGAGACGGAUGGCGGCGGCAGCGGCGGCUUCCUGAACAGGCAAGUGCCCGCCACCACACGCGACCCCCGGGGGGCCGACAACAGCUCGGGGUCUGCCCCGGACUCGAAGCCGUCGUCCCGCGUCGCGGUCUGCCUGAGUCGUAUGGACAUCGUGUGGAUCGUGUUGGCCAUCGGCGUGCCCGUGUCCACGUGCUCCGUGCUGCUGACGGUGUGCUGCAUGCGGCGCAGGAAGAAGUCGUCGGGCCAGGAGAGCAACCUGAGCUACUGGAACAACGCCAUCACCAUGGACUACUUCAGCCGCCACGCCGUGGAGCUGCCCCGCGAGAUUCACACGCUGGAGAGCGAGGAGCACGACAGUUGCCUGCCUCCAAACGGCGACUACGGCACGGGCAGCGUGGUGCUGGUCAACCCCUUCUGCCAGGAGACCCUCUUCAUCAACAGAGACAAAGCCUCGGCCAUCGAGUGACCCCUCCGUGACCUCUCACCUCCAGUUUAUACACCAGACUUUGUCAGCGCAGUGUCAAGUGACGUGAGAACGUUUACUAGCAGGACGACGACGAGGCACUCGCCUAUUUUUCUGAUGUACAUUUUCUACACACAAACACACGCACACAAAGUGUAUUCAUUGUGAUAAUUUUUAAUGUCUUUAUAAAUACACACAACUGGUUUGGUUCAAUGACUGAAAAAAGUGCUUUUGUUUUAUUAAAAAGAUGAAAUGACUUAUUAUAGCCUGUUCAACUUGAAUGGACAAUAUGUAUACAUAUAUAUCGGGCAAGUUCCUUUUUUUACAAGUUCAACUCAAAAAGUGUAUAAAAUAUAGAGAUUCAUGAAACACAUUGGCUUGUUAUGUGAUGUCACCUCAUGAGAUGGUGAACUGCAUGUGGUGAAUCAAUCUAAUUUUCGAUCUUUGCUUUUGGAAUGGAACUACUGAAAUGAAUUACGUUUUUCCACAGUUUUCUAAUUGACUGAGAUGCACCUGUGUACUCUAUAUAUAUAUUUUUGGGGGUUUGAGUGACACAAAAUACAACAUUUGAGUAUUUCGGAGUGUGUAACUUAUUAUGUCCGUGUUUAGAUUCUUACGUCUUCUUUAAUCAUAUGGCCCGACUGAUGCAAUUCUUUUGAAUCAGAAUUUUCAUCGUAAACAAAUUGUCAUUUUUAUCCUCGUGCGGGAGUUACAAAAAUGAAAUAAAUAAGCAGUGCAGUAAUAUUCA